AUGACGGGUGUCAAUGACGCCAUCAUGUGUCGUGGCUUCUGCACGACUCUAGAUGGCCAGGCCCAAGACUGGUUCAGGGCCAUGCCGGUAGAGUCCAUCCCCACAUUUGCCGCCCUAGCCAAGAAGUUUAUGUCACACUUCGCGGGCAACAUACAACGAUGGAAACAGUUCGCCAACCUAUGCUACCUGAAGCAACUCAAGUCGGAGACCAUGGCGGAGUACUUGAGCAAGUGGAAGAAGGAGGCCAUGGGGGUGACCAAUUUUGACGAAAGCGACCUCGUUCGGAACGAGCCGAAGACGUACACGGAGUUGAUGGACUGCGUCGCGCGGUAUGCCAAUGCCGAGGCGGCAGAGAAGAGGAAGAAAGAGGAGGAGGAGGGGCGGGGCUGGAGUGACAAGGCACCUCAACCUCAAGAGGACCGUCGCCCAUCACGGUCACGCCGUGAUCGGGGUCCCUGUCUAACCCCACUGCGACACCUCACCCCACUGACACAGCCCGUGAGCGUCAUCCUGGACCACGCGGAGGACAUGGAUAUCGUGUCAUUCCCCGAGGAGUGCUUGAAGGUCAACCCCAAGGCUGACCCGAAGAAGUACUGUCGUUUCCAUCGGCAGCGCGGGCACGACACGAACGAGUGUAUGGUCCUCAAGAGACAGAUCGAGGAGCUCAUCAUGCGGGGGUACCUCGGCCAAUAUGUGAAGAGGACAGGGUAG